UUCUUGAAUCACAUAUGUCAAGUGUCUAUUAUAUAUUAUUAUAUAUUUUGAUUUUCUGUUCUACUUAUUUCAAUCGCGACGGUAUUUAAAAAUUCUUAAUAUAAUUCAUAAAUUCUGAAAUCUUUGAAAUGCAUAUUAUUUGAAUAUAAAUAUUAUAUUGAACAUUGUAUGAUAUAUCUUGAACUCAUGCCCAUUAUCAGCCAGCGUCAAAAUGAUAUCAGCAGCUAGAAUACAGCUUAUGUCAAGAUGUAAGAUAUGCUGUUAUAAAUGGAGGCCACCAAAGCGCUUUAAUUCGGGCUGCUCAACUCUGACGCUGGAAAACACUUUUAAAUGUUAUGAGCUACCUAAGGGUCCGCAAAUGGAUGUUGAAUUGUCUCGUGAGGAUGCAUUGAAAAUGUAUAGGCAAAUGGUGGAGGUGCGCCGCAUCGAGAACACUUGUGGCAACAUGUACAAGGCGAGGCAAGUACGUGGCUUCUGUCAUCUCUAUAGUGGACAAGAGGCCGUCGCCGUCGGCAUGUGUGCUGUGCUCCGAAAAUUUGAUAGCGUUAUAACGGCCUAUCGGUCACAUGGCUGGACCUAUUUGAUGGGCGUCUCAGCGCAGGGAUUGAUCGGCGAACUGGUGGGUGUAAAGAGCGGUUGCAGUCGUGGCAAAGGUGGGUCCAUGCACACCUACGGUGAUAACUUUUAUGGCGGCAAUGGCAUCGUUGGCGCCCAGGUACCCAUUGGAGCUGGCAUCGCUUUGGCACAUCGCUAUCGAGGCGAUGGUGGCGUCUGUGUUACGUGUUAUGGCGAUGGUGCUGCGAAUCAGGGGCAGGUGUUUGAGGCUUUUAAUAUGGCGAAGCUGUGGUGCCUGCCUUGCAUCUUUGUCUGCGAGAAUAAUCAAUAUGGCAUGGGCACCCACGUGGCACGUCAUGCGGCCCUAACCGAUUUUUAUAUGCGCGGUCAAUAUCUGCCCGGUCUCUGGGUUGAUGGCAAUGAGGUGUUGGCUGUUCGUAGUGCAACAGAAUUCGCUGUGGACUAUGCGGUGAAGCAUGGCCCAAUCGUACUGGAGAUGUACACAUACCGGUUCGAGGGGCAUUCCAUGUCGGAUCCGGGCAAGUCAUAUCGCUCGCGCGAAGAGGUCAGCAAGGUGCGAGCCGACCGCGAUCCUAUCGAUAGUUUUCGCACUCAGAUCAUCAAGCUGUGUCUGGCCGAAGAGGCGGAACUUAAGAAGAUCGAUGCUGAGGUUCGCGCUGAGGUCGCCGAAGUGGUCAAAAAGGUCCUCGCUGAUCGCGAAGUGGGCUUAGACGAGCUUGCCACCGAUGUUUAUUCAAAGAAUGUGGAGCCGAAAAUACGCGGCAUCUCCGGUUAUACGCUCGAUCACAAACGUCUCUCGGAGGUGUGCUUUGGCAAGCCCAAGCGUACACCAGCCAAUGAGAUGAAAAAAGUGCCCAUUGGCGAUGCGGUGAUCAUAGAUGCCCAGUUAAAAGCCAAGAAGGAGCAGGAAGCCAAGAAGGCGCUGGAAGCCAAGAAGACGCUGGAAGCUCAGAAGUCGCAGAAAGCCAAGAAGGCGCAGAAAGGGGAUAAGACAGCUCCUGCCGAGAAGGAUGAUAAGACAGCUCCUGCCGAGAAGGAUGAUAAGACAGCUCCUGCCGAGAAGGAUGAUAAGUCACCAGCAUCAAAAGCCGCCCCACCAGCUGCUGCCCCACCAGAUUCAGCCUCAUCCGCAAAAUCUCCACCUCCACCAAAAAGCGGCGAUAAGACGGAAGCCUAGAUAAGAAUCUAAGUAAAAAAAUUCAGAAACACAACAAAUCUUUUUAGUUUACCCAAAUGAAUAUAGUGUAAUACUAUAUAUUAGCUACUGCAUGAACUUUUCUUUUUACAAUAAAAUAAUAAGACGACUGACUACCUUUGCCAGUUACUCUUGCAUAUACGAG